AUGACGCGGAAGGCGCUGAAGAGACCGGCCGCAGGCUACGAUGGCAAGGCUCGCUGGGUCCCUUGCGAGGCACCCGAGCAGGAGCAGAGCUUGGAAGAGUUCCGGAGCAAAUGGGAGCCGCUCCCCGACGCGGGCAGCGAUUCCAUAAAGGACUACUACUUCAGCUCCUAUGCACGUUUCGGCAUCCACGAGGAUAUGCUGAAGGACUGCGUCCGCACCAGUGGCUACAUGAAUGUCAUCAGCAGUGCCAAGGCAUUGUUUCACGGAAAGACGGUGCUGGACGUCGGCGCAGGCACGGGCAUUCUAUCACUGUUUGCCGCUCGCGCGGGUGCGGCGCGGGUCGUGGGUAUCGAGUGCUCCAACAUUGCGAGCUACGCAACUGAGAUCGCUCGGCGAAAUGGCUUCGGCGAAGUCAUCACCUAUGUCCAGGGCAAGGUCGAAGAAGUCGAGAUCCCCGUCGACAAGGUGGACAUCAUCGUCUCGGAAUGGAUGGGUUACUUCCUGAUGUUUGCCGCUUGGAUGCCACAGCUUGAUUGA